AUGAGGUGGCUGGCAGACAGGCAAGCUGUGGAACAAGCCAUGAAAAUUUCUCUGACCUGUGGUCUUUGUUCGGAAGAGACUCAAACUCUGGACCAAUGCAAUGGCAGCACAGUGACAGAGUUCGUCCUUGUAGGCUUUGAGCAGAGCUUUGUUUCCACUAGGAUACUGCUUUUUGUCCUCUUCCUGGCUCUCUACAGCCUUGCCAUGGCCAUGAACAGCCUCAUCAUCUUCAUCACCUGGACAGAUCCUAGGCUCAACAGUCCCAUGUACUUCUUCCUUGGCCACCUGUCCUUCCUGGAUGUCUGCUUCAUCACCACCACCAUCCCACAGAUGUUGAUACACCUGAUAGUCAAAAAUCACACUGUGUCCUUUGUAUCUUGCAUGACCCAGAUGUACUUGGUCUUCUUUGUGGGUGUGGCUGAGUGUAUCCUCCUAGCUUUCAUGGCCUAUGACCGUUAUGCUGCUAUCUGCCACCCGCUUAACUAUGCCCAAAUUAUGAGCCAACAGGUCUGUGUGAGAUUGGUGAGUACUGCCUGGUUCUUUGGGCUGGUCAAUGGCAUCUUCCUUGAGUACGUCUCAUUCAUGAAUCCCUUCUGCAGAGACAACCACGUAGAAAACUUCUUCUGUGAAGCUCCCAUAGUGAUUGCUCUCUCCCACGGAGACCUCCAGUUCAUCAUGAAGGUAUUCUUUGUCGACGCGAUCGUGGUGCUGCUCAGUCCCAUGGCACUCAUUGUCAUCUCCUAUGCCCGCAUCUUGGCUUCCAUCCUGGGCAGAGCCUCCUCUUCGGGUCGGGGGAAGACCUUCUCCACUUGCGGCUCCCAUCUCACUGUGGUCGUCUUUUUCUACACCUCAGCCAUGUUUUCUUACAUGAACCCUCGCAGCACACAUGGUCCUGACAAAGACAAACCUUUAUCCCUCCUCUAUACUAUCAUUAUCCCUAUGUGCAACCCCAUCAUCUAUAGUUUUCGAAACAAGGAAAUGAAGGGGGCCAUGGUUAGGGCCCUUCGUAGGACUAUGUCUGGUCCAGGAAGACUCUGUUUAAAAAGAAUCCUGAAAGGAAAACAACCCUCUGAUCCCUAA